GACAAGACCUUGAGCUUCGAGAUUUGGUCGUACGCCGGUCUCGCAACGUCUGGUAAUACGAAGUUCGGACUAAUCUUUUGUGGGUUUCACAAUCAUGUCUGGAACCGCCGACGUGUUUGAUGCGAACCCGUACGAAUCGCACCCGAGUCUGACCGCGCUGGAGGCCAAUGUUUUGUGGGAGUACGCUAAACUAUCGCAACACGUCAAAGAUUUGACCGUCACCACGAGACAACUAUCCGAGGGACCAGAUGAGAAUCUAAUCGCGCGUUUAAGAGUGUUGGAGAGAAAAAUGGGCUUGGUCUUGACCUUGUUCAAAGCAUCAGUCUGGGGCGUCAUCAACGAGCAGCCAGUUCAAGAGAUCGAGAGUGGAUACGCGUACGCGAUGGCUGACACUACCCAAAGAUGA